CGUAUAUAAAAACAUUUAAAACUUAUUUAUUUAGAAAUUUUAACUAAAAUUUAUUUUAUAAUUUUUAAAAAUUGUCUAAUUAAAUAAAUGCACCUUGGGUGUUUCAGUAACUAAGCAUGUUUUCCUAUUAUUUCACUACAAUAUCGAUUGUUUUAUCGAUAUUAUUGGCCACAUCUGAAGCCCAACGCAAAACGUAUAGAGGGGCCCGGGAUUAUGAGCUCGAGCUGCCGGCCAGUCGGUCGGCCAUCGAUCGCAAGAACAUGAACGGAACCGAUAGUACGGACGACAAGGGGUCGGGCGGUGGGGCCGUAGUUCAGCCCAGUCUACAGAACCGGUUGCGGCCAUUAUAUACGGACCCAUCGGGAUGUCACUACUGUCCCAAUGAAAACCAUUUGAUCCAUUACUCCGCCCGCAACUGUAAACCAGUGGGCAGUGCCGACGGCACCUGUGCCGGCCAGUCGUGUCCCAAAUAUUUUGAUUGUCCCAAACGGGAGGCCAACCAAACGGCGCCCAACGGUUGUGAAUACAAGGGUAGGAUCUAUGCCUUCGAUGCCAAAGUCCCGGUGGACAACCCGUGCCAUCGGGACUGUUAUUGCGCUGAGAACCGGUUGGCGGACACCAACCGGUCGGAGCCGACCAUACGGUGCUCGGAAAUGGACUGUUUUAAUCAGUUACGAUCGCCGCAGACCUACUGUUACAACGUUCACGAAGAGGGCCAAUGCUGUCCGCGCCUUCACUGCCCGACUGGCGACCAGUUGGCCGCUCGGGUGAACUGCCAAUACGCCGGUCGCGAGUAUCGGUACGGCGAGAGGAUAUACCCCAACGAUGACUACUGUACAGAGUGUACGUGCGAUGAGCGCUGGGAUGAGCUCAAGUCGCCGGCGAUGAACGGCACCGGCAGUUGUCGUCGGAUCCGCUGUCACGUGGAGUCGAACCCGAGGUUUCGGGCCGGAUGUCUGCCCAUAUACCACGAGCGCACCUGUUGUCCCAUCGAUUACUUUUGCCCGCCGCCCGAAGAGCACCACUGCCUGUUCGAUGGGCGCCGGUAUCGCAUCGGCGAGCGGCUGGACAUCGGCCGAAACGAUCGGACGGACUGCACGUGUCUAAUACCGCCGGACUUUACUUGUGUCGAGCGGUCGCGAGUGAAGUUACCGCCGUCUGUUCCCACCUUCAGACCACCGGUCAGGACAACUACCACAGCAUCGGUGGUGAACACAGGCGACACUGUCAGCAAACAAAAGUCUAACGCAGAGACCAACAGCUCCGGCAACAGCGCCGGUGCCAUCAGUUUCCCUACCGAUGAUCCCAAACCAGAGUCCGUUAAAUGUCCGCCAUUUAUACCGGAAGGUCUUCAGUGCGCGGGCACUAACUGUACCACAAUUAUCGACGAUAACGGGUGUCAGGCGUGUCGGUGUCAGAGGCCGUGUCCGGUGUACAAGUGUCAGGGCUCGUGCUAUUUGUUUGCCGUCACUCCCGGCCAGUGUCCCAAAUGUAAGUGCAAUUAA